UGGUGGUCCAUAUUAUCUGGAGUCAUAGGGUCAUGGGAGCAUUUACUAGUGGAAUGUCCAGUGUUAGUGUUGUUUAGACCUUUGAGCGUGAUGGGAGACUUAUUGAGGAGUGUUGUGUUUUUGAGUUGUUUUGCCGUGGUGGUUCUGACGGAGCCGCCAUGCAUCUUCGAGCUGGAGUGUCCGGAGUGCGUGCCGGACAAUAUGCCGCUGGUGACGUCACACCGCGCCGCCAACGGCAGCGUCGCGGCCGCCAGCGGGGACGAGGUGGUGCUGGCGUGCCACGGCGGCAAGUUCUUGCAGUACCCGAUGGACGAGCUGAUCAUAGCGGUGUGCGAGGGCGGGCGGCUGCGCGUGCGACAAGACGGGGCGCGGCGGCACGUGCUGGAGCUGGGCUGCCAGGAGAGCGUGUUCGAGGACGUACUGCAUCCGGUGGAAAACUGCGGCCCCCCGCUCCAAGGCCGCGCCUACCAGUUCCAGUACCUCCACGCGCACACCACGGGCCACCUGGCGACCCUCUGUUUCGACCAGGACCGCGCCAUCGCCGUCCGCUCACACGCCUGCAACGGCAAGUCCAACCUGCUCACCAUGCCCGCUCACAACGAGCAAAACCGAUCUCCACUGAGUCUGUUAGGAAACUUUAACCAAAUGUUCGACACUAAGAAUAGGAAUGACGCGGAAAAAUUGUAUGGUGAUGAUGUUAGCCUGAAUAAAAGACUGCAAGAGUUGCUAAAACAUGAGAGGUAUACGUUCGCUGAUCAGGUGUUGACGUCGGGGAAACUGUUGAGCGGGCAUUACUUUGAUGACCAAAACGCUAGAGUCACCGAAUUCGUGUCCAACAAACUGGCUGUUUGGAAGAGCGUCGCGACUGGUAAUUUGAAGAAUAUCCACAAGGAUGUUGCGAAAAUAAUGCAUAUGACGCGUUCGCAUACGGUUUUGGAUAUCUACGCGGGGACCCACGGGGUUCUGUCGCUGAGGACCGGACACAACCACACAGACGUCUACUUGAAGCCAGGCCAGAGGUUCCCUGUGCCUAAAUACAUUUGGACUGUUGUUCACGAUAAGAAGAACCAUAAAGCGGCAGCCAUAGUGCUUGUAAACGAUCCUUUUGUAGCUGUGAGCGAGAUUAGGGAAACACUCUUCUGUGAAAGCGCUUGCAGCAGGAUCUCCUGGCUUCACGAGUUAAGAAGGAACCACAAUUACGAAACUCCAGUUUACGGAUUAGUGUUCUGUUGCAAUGUUCACGACUUCACGAACGUUGUCAACGAAAUGCCUAAGAAUGUGUUUAAAAACGUGCACGCUAGCAACGACGGGUUGUUAACUAAUUUUAACUUUUUGGAGGUGUAACUUAAAGUUGUUGGUAAAAGUU